AUGCUCUCGCCAUCUUCGUCACGCACCUUCGUCCGCAUUUUCUUCGUCGGCCUCACACUCCUCCUCGCCUCGCUCCUCACCGCACGCUACAAGCUCGAAGCACCCUACGACCGCCCGUACGGCAAGCCCAUCAACCUCGGACACCAAGCCAACCAGGUUGCCUUCUCCCGAACACCGCCGAAGGAGAAUGUCGAGGCGGGAGGGACGGAACUAGGCGCCGAGACGACAGACAGCUGGGCGGACGAGGACGAUUGGGAUCUGUGGGGCAUGUCGUCGAUGGGCGACAAGGCGAAGAGCGGCUGGGACCCGCUCGAGCCGAGCACGACGCCGUUCACCGAGUUGCAGGUCAAGACGUGCGUCCUCUCGCCCGGCUUGUACGACCUCUGCUCGCCAACGUCGUCAGCGAAGGAGGAUGCGACGCGCGGGAAGUGGGAGAGGAUUGACAAGGACUUGAGCAAGCGGAUCGGCGUGUACUACCUCUACAUCUACGCUCGCCGCCUGCUCCCCGGCUCCGACGCACCCGUCAUCACCGACAUCCGUCUCCUGAACCACACCGCCUCUAUCGAAGACCUCUCCGAAUCGGACACCUGGGUCGAAGUCUCCACCUCGCUUCGCGAAGGCGUCUGGCCACGCAUGACCCCGCUCUUCCUCCACUACAAGCUCACACCCCAGUCCGACGUCUUUGCCGCGCGGAAGGCGGAGGGCGCGAAUGGGAGCGCUGGAGACCUCGAGCCGAUUACGGAGCUCGACGUCCUGUACGGCGGGAACGAGGUGCACCCUCUGCCGGGCUUCAAGAGGAUCGAGCAGAUGGUCACGGGCGGACCGGACGAUGCGAAGGCGAUUGGGACGGGGUAUGGGAAGGGUACGAGGGUUGGAGCGAGUCUGGCCUACCGCAAGGAGAACAAGCAGCUCCCUGCGACGCCCGUUCUCCGCUUCUCGAACGCCGGCAACUUCACCAUCCUCCAAAUCGCCGACUUGCACUUCUCCGUCGGUCCCGGCGCAUGCCGCGACCUCGACUGGAAGCGCGAAGCCGAGUGCAAGCAGCUCGGCGCGGACGUCUACAGCCUCAAAUGGCUCGAGACGGCGUUGGAGGAGGUCAAGCCGGACUUGGUCGUCUUGAGCGGGGACCAGUUGAAUGGGCAGGAGACGUCGUGGGAUGCGCAGUCGGUCAUCUUGAAGUGGGCGCCGCUGCUGUACGAGCGCGGCAUCCCUUGGACGGUUGUGUUCGGCAACCACGACGAGGAGGAGACGACGCUGGCACGAGAGGGUCAGAUGAACCUGAUGCGCCACCUCCCGCUCUUCAUGGGCGAGCCCGGCCCGUCUUCCGUCGCCGGCAUCGGCAACUACGUCCGCUCGAUCCGCUCGCCGUCCGCCGCCGGCGACGACGUCGCGCUCUUCAACAUGUACUUCCUCGACUCGCACGCCAACGUCAGGAACGUCAAUCCGUGGGCGAAGCCUUCGUACGACUACCUCAAGCCUGAUCAGAUCAACUGGUUCCGCGGUCGCUCGGCCCAGAUGAAGACGUACACUCGCCCGUACACGCCGCCUCGCCAGCUCAUCACGGCGAAUCGAGUCUCGAGCAACCGCCGCCCUGGCCGACCGAAGAAGAAGCCUGCGCGACCUCCAGCUGGCUCAGACGGAGGACGUCGGCUCGUGCGGUUGACGAAGCGACAAGAUGAGGACUCGCUCGCCAACCUGAACGACGAGUGGGAGCAGGCGGGCGUGCAGGAGUUGCAGGAGCUGGAGAAGGAGAUGAAGGCCGAUACGGAGGCCGAGUUCGGAGCGGCCGUGGACGACGACUCGCUUACGCCUGCAGUCGAACCUUACGACGGCAGCGAGAUCGUCGAAACCCCGGACGACAAUAUCUCCUUCGAGUCCUCCGCUAGCAAGGGUGACGACCAGACGGAGACGGUCGGUGUCGCGUCGGCUGAUCGUCUCGAGGAGGCCGAGGAGGAGAUGCUGGCGGAGGAAGGAUGGCUCGAGCCGACGGUGCUGCCAGCUGGACCGACCAAGGCGUCGCCCAUGGAGGCCAAGCCGAACGCGAUGGUCUUCAUGCACAUCCCGCUUCAACAAGCCUACUCGCCCAAGGUUGACGUCUCGCCUUCCGGCAAGCGCCUCCGCAUCGGCGAACGUCUCGAGGGCGACGGCGCAUCGAAGACCGACAGCGGCUUCUGGCAGCAAGGCGUCCUCGCGCAAGGCGAGCUUCCCGCGCCCCGAGGCGAAGGCGACGCACCCGUGGACGCUUUCUGGGACGGCGAGGCGGCGACUCCGACGACGGGCAGGCCCGAAGUCAAGGUUGUCGCGCACGGCCAUUGUCACAUCACGAGCGACUGCAGGCGGGUCGACGGCGUCUGGAUCUGCUUCGGAGCGGGUGCGACGUACUCCGGCUACGGCAACUCGACGUUUACGCGGCGCAUGCGGGUGUACCAGCUGUCCGACUUUGGCGAGCGCAUCGAGACCUGGCAACUCACGGACGAGAAGGAGCGGGUCAACCACGCGGUUCUGGUCGGGGACGGCUCGAUAGAGCAGCAGUAG